AUGUCGAAUUCUUCGGAUCCACUCCCGCUCGUCUUCAUCAACACUCAAUCGACAUCGACCCAAGACCUCGCCCAAGCCCGAUCCACGAUUCGGAAGUAUGCUGGGAAGCACAUAUGGAACAACCGGCGACAGCGCAGUGACAAAAGUUCAAACCGUCCUGCAUUAUCAGUCCGAACUCGUCAGGGGUCUGAACGAUCAGCUUCCAGCACUUCUGACACCAGCCUGGACGCCCGAUCCGAUACCAGUCCUUCAACCACAACAGAAUCGACCCCUCCCAACGAGGCUCCCCAUGAAGACGCCAAAAGCUGGAGGCUCGCCAUCAAUCAGAACGAGACGGGAGGACAGAUAGACCUGUGGGAGAAUGAUUGGCAACAAUUUGAGAAUGAUCUUGUCCUCCCUCACGAGGAGUAUGACCGGUCUCAUUCCUUCGGUCCUCAGGCAUCUGGUGCGUGUGCCAUACAGGUGUACCAAGGUGAGGCGAGUGAGCCACGUCUCAUGACCGCCCGAGAGACGCAAUUUCAUGAACAAAGACAGGAAGAGACUCUAUCACAAGGCCAAUAUGAGCAUCGGACGCUGACGUCUGCUUCAAGCUCACGUCAGUCACAGGCCUUUUCGGCUGUGAGGUCCAUGUCGCCUCCGGGCGACAUUCGCAACUUCCGUAAAACCCCCCGGAUGAAAGUUGCACCAGCAUCCACUGAUAUGACAGUAGAAAUCUCUCAAGUCCUUCCCGUGGCUCUGUCGCCCGGGCUCCACGGUCAUCAGGCCACCUUCACCCAGCAGUGGACGCAAGCAGCUAUGAGUGAUCCGCUUCUUUUCAACUCCAUGAUGUACUCUUCCUCAUUGGCUAACUAUCGUCGCCUCCGUCAGACGGACGUUGGAGCCGCAAGGAGAUAUCUAGAGGCUCUUUGGUAUCACGAAGCAGAAGCGCUUGCAUGGCUCAGGCAGACAAUGGUAGAUACAGCCAAGGCCUUCAACGAUACAACCUUGUUGUCCAUCAUCUGCAUUGCAUUCUCGGGCACGGAAGCAUCACCUCUGACCAGAACCCCACCUUUCAAACCUCCUCUGAGGGACCUCCAAUAUCUCAAUACGCUCGGGUCGUCCAGCUGCAGAGAUGUCCAUAUGCAGGGUGUCGUUGAACUCGUCAAAUUGAGGGGUGGCAUCGGUCAGAUUGCCGUGCCAGGACUGCGAGAAAUGGUUUCCCUAAUUGAUGUCCUCGUCGCAAGUCGGAAGCUGUCAGCUCCCGUGUUCCCAUUCGUCUCGAUUCUGGGGGGAGAUCUGUCCCCGGUCUGGCGACCGGUUGUUUGCGACGCAGCCACCGAAUCAUCGCCGUUCUUCGGCGUAUUUUGUGCCGCUCGACUGAACUCUGAGAUCAUGGAGGUUUUUCAUGAAAUGCAUGAUUACGAAAGUAUGGCCAGGGGCUUCAUGACGAAGGUUCCGGAUGGGUAUUCUGCAGAGGCCGUAGCGGACAAGCGGAAUCUGGUGCAAUAUAGACUCCUUUCAUUGCCCCCAGCUGAGAAAAUGGCCAGUGUCUUUCGAAAGAAUCACCCAAACUAUGAGCCUUGCCGGGUUGCGAUGUUGGUGUAUAGUCUGGGUGUGAUUUACCCCCUGGCACCCGGGAUGGCACCAUUUGAGAGGUUGGCGCAAGACCUACGUUCAUCGUUGAUCGUGGUCGGACUCGGGGCCACCAACUGGACAUCGUGCAACUGGCUUCUGUUAUGGAUUCUGACCGUGGGCGGAAUUGCCUCGGCUCAUCUGGAAUUGAGAGCUUGGUUUGUCGCGGGAUUGGGACGAGUCGCUGCUCGCAAGGGUCUAUCAACAUGGGCAGAGGUGAAAGAACAACUGGUGCGCAUUCUGUGGCUGGACGAAGCUUGUGAUGAUGCUGGGUUGGAGCUGUGGAAGGAGUGUGAGAAAAUCCGAGACCAAGACUGA